AGACGCAGGAGAACCAGUACGAACAAGUAGUAACCCAGAAGGCGCCCUGACGUCAAAGACAACCCCCACGCAAAUUCUCAAUCCUUACUGUAAUCGAUCAGUUUUAAGUUUUUUUAACACGAUUAUCGCAUGUUAUAGUUUUAUAUUCUCGCCAUGCAGAGAAGUCUUCUCCUGCUCUCCGCCUUGAUUCUGCUGCCUUGUAACCCCGGAUCCUCAGAGGACUGCGUGAAGACCAUCCGGGCCUUUGCUGGUGAUCCGGUCAUUCUGCCUUGCCACACCAAUGUCAGCGAUGACCUCCCAACAGUCGAGUGGUCCAAAGAAGGUAUGGAAAUGGUCUUGCUGUACCGCGACGGCUGUGAGACCCACGACAUGAAGGAUCCGGCCUACUGGUACAGGAGCAGCCUCAUCAUGGACCAACUGAAAAACGGAAACAUAUCCCUGAGGAUUUCCAAUGUGCAGCUAUCGGAUGCGGGGAACUACACAUGCAAGACGAUCCGCAAGAAACACCACAGGGAUGUUUUUAUAGAACUCAUUGUCGGUGCUGUUUCGGAGCCCAAACUCUCCUUUAUCCCAACUGUGGGUGUUGGAGUGACUCUCCAGUGUGAAGCCAGCUGCUGGUUCCCGAAGCCUGAGAUAACUUUUCUUGAUGACGGUGACAACAUCAUCAGUGCUGAAGAUCCAAAAAGUGAGCUUGGCCCCAGAGGAUGUUUCAACAUCACGAGGAGAGUGACCCUCCAGACCGCCACCAACAGAGUCUCCUGCAGAGUUCACCAGCCUGACAUGAACCAGACCAGAGUUACAGAGACUUUCAUACCAGAUGGCUGCAUGAGGUCCUGCACUUUAUCCAUCUUCAUCACUGUUUUAGUACUUGUGAUUCUCUGUGGAUUAGGCUUAUGUGUGUUCUACGUCUUCAAGAGAUUCUUUAACUCUGCAGAUGGACAAAAAUUUCCCGGGUUUGGGCGGUCAUCAGAUCAUACAACCCGCAGGAUUGACGAAGGCAACUGUCCCCCAGGAAACCAAGUUUACGACGCUGAGGCUUCCACUGAACAUGUAAUAAACGUGGAUGACAUGAAGCUAACCAACCAUGAGAUCAUCCAACAACCAACCAAAAAACAAGAUGGACUCAUGUCGAGGCAGAGUCCUGAUGCAUACCAUGAUCUUAGUCCAGAAUCUGUCGACAAACCAGAAGGCAGUACCGUUUUAGCACCUUGUGUCAAUGAUCUGGUAGCCACUGCUUCUUCAGCCUUCCCUUUAAAUGGAACGUACGUUUCCCGUUCCAACAGCUUGUCUUUGCCCAGUCCAAAUGGAGCCAAGCCCAAACGUAGAAACACCAUCUCGCGCUUAAGUCUUGUUAAGGUAUCUGAAGAAACGGAGGAGUUGCUACAAGACAAGCUUGAUUAAAUGAAUGUUCAAGAUGUGGUGCUCGUAUCAAGGUUGAUACGAGUUGGUCAUGAUACGGGUCAUCGAGGGCGUUUCCACCUUUUUUAGAAACUUUGAGAUUCAACCUAAAUAGCUUUGACAAGACAUGUAACAUAACGUGCCUCUUGAUGUCGUUAUCAGCAACCCUUUUUGUUGUCAUGAUUUUUUAUUUCCCGUUGAUGUGUUGGCUUUUGAGGCCCAUCUGUCUUCACUUUUUGGUUAUGGGGGCCUUUAAGGGAGCCUUGUGAUAGGGUAUGUAGUGUCAUGUAGGGUCUUGGUAGGUUGAAGAUCGUGGGUCGGCGAGACCUGGCAUGGAGGGGGAAGGUUCUGGGAUCCUGGAGCUAAUUGUACAGCCUUCUGAGGUUUUCUUGGUGUGUUGGCUCUUCCUUCUUAUCUAGUUUCACAGUUUUGGGAGUUAUAAGGAGCCAUGUGGUAGGGUAUAUAGUAUAAGCAUGUUAAAUACUAAGUUUCCAUUCAUUUUUAGUUGUUUAUUUUCCGGUCCAGCACCAAACCUAAAGCUUGGCGUACACCGACCAAUUCAGGCCAAUUUAAACCCAAUAUCUGAGUCAUACGACUAAUUUUGAAGUUUGAAAUUCAGCCUGACAGUGGCACAGCAGGCAUGCCUGUUGCCCCUCCCCCAAAUGAUCAUGAAAGAAAAAUUGGUGAAAUGCAUAUAAGUGUUGGCUGUCGGACGUUUCCAUGUGCCUUACCAAUUGUUUCAAAACACGUCACUGUCGCAUCUAAUCGCCUCUUUUAACCAAUUAACGCCUUUUUAUCAGCCAGCCACAGCUCGGCUCCACGCCAGCUUAAUUAUCUGGGAGUAAAAGGGAUUUUUUUUAACAUUAUAGGGAUUUAUUCUGUGUUUUUCCUACUCUUAAUUACCUUAUCUGUUUGUUUUUAAGAAGAUAAGAUGACUGCAUUAAUUUUACUCUGGGUCAGGACCCUUUGUAUCCUUCUUUAAGGUACUAAAAGAAGCUAAGUACCAAUAAUUAAGCUAGCAGAGGUUCUGCUCCCAGUAUGGACGAUAUGAAUAUAAGGAAUUCCUUUAUUGCCUUUGCACAUUGUACAACAAAUUUGUUGUGCAUCUCCUAGAACAAGUAUAAGACUCCCCUUGUGCCUUUGUUAUUAAUUAAAUGAAAUGUUAUUGCACAUAAAAUACUAUGUCACUUUUGAUACAAUGGCACAUUUUUGAAUGUAAACACUGUUCAGUUGUCUAUUGUCUGUGCACAGGCUGCUUUUUAGCCUGGAUGUGCUGUCCAGUUUGGUCCAGUACAGUUAUGGUAUGGUUAACCCUGAUCUCGCUGGCGUUUUCACAGCCAACAGUACCCUUACUUUGUACGUGGGGUGCCAGUUAUGUGAUAACGUAACUUAGCAGCGCGCCACAGUGUGGCCCAUCAAUAUAUUAAACCUAGAAGAAGAAUGCAACGCAACUAAUGGCAACAAGGCAAGAAAAGAUACAAGCACAAACAGCCUUGCAAUUACUGUCUCAAAAUCAACGGGAUAUUUAAACAUUAUGUGUUUUUUGUUUGUUCUUUGUUCUUUAUUACCGCUGUUGCACAGGUUGCAUGUUGUUUCGAUCCACCUUUUAGGAUCAGAUCCGUAUGCUUGGCACCCCAACAAACGGGUAGCAUAGAAGUAGGACGGUACAGUUAUUUUGGUACCAUUUCUUACUUUUGACAGCAGAAACGCCAAUAAAUGCCACUAUGCUGAACCGAACUGAACUGGACCGCUUGGUGAAAAGCUUUAGUGCUAUUCAGAUAGCAGCAUUAUUCCAAAGAUGAUUGUGGGAAAAAUGCAGAUUUUAAAGUUGAUGGGUGAGUUUGCAGUUUGUACAGAAGAGUACAUUGCUUGGGAUAAUUCAGCUUCACUAAGAUGAAGACCUGAGAUCAAUCGAUGACUCUUUUUGUAAAGUCUAUAAAGCUCAGGGUCCUGGAAAGACGUGUAACAAGCUCGGUACAAAAUCAACCAUUGGUGCUCAACAGGGUAGAGUACUAGGGUCUAUUCUGUUUUUCUUUCAACGACCGUUUUUGCCUUUAUAGAUGGGGUUUAUACCAUCUUUAGGGUGCUAAUCUAAGAGAAUCUUUUCCUGUGAGAAAGGUUAACCAAAAUUAUGGCAAACACAGUCAGCAUAUUCCCUCACUCUUUUGGUCGAUCAUCUUUUAUAUUUUCUUUAAUUUGACUGUUUAAAAAGCCCUUAUCUUACUAAAACAGCCAAGCUGUCAUCUGAGUUUAAUUGCACUAAAAUAGUUUUUGUGUUUACGUACAUCUUGGAACCCACGGGCAUUUACACCUAUUGGUCAGGAGUUUAGAUUCAAAUUUUGAAACCUAGAAAACUGUGAACCUACGUCUAAUGGGGGAAACUUUCAUUUUUAAAUUUUUUAAAUGGUCACCCCAACUCAUAAUGCCAGUUAAACAUGGUUGUCUGUAUGAAAAUGAGGGUUUGUUAUAUCUUUUUUAAACAAGCAUGAAAUCCAAAAGAGUAUAAAAACAACAAUUUUAAAUCAUGAAAAUGUGUAGCUGUUGCAGGGUUUUUUUUCCCCCUGGUGCUUCCUUUUAUGAAUUUCAAUAUGUAAACACAUUCCUUAAAAAGACUUGUCAAAGUGUGGAAAUGUUAUACAAGCCUUGACACACAUGAAUGUUUCGGGUCUUUUAACCUUGAAAGUUUUUGUUACUGUUCCUUUAAGUCGAUUCACUCAGGUGACAAAGACAUAGCACUUUGUUACUUAGAUGUUAAUCAUUUUUUAUACUUUUUUAAAUAGUUAUUAGUUCAUGUUACAUUCAUGGCAUACGUUUGUUACAUUACUUUGUGUUUUAUUACAUCAGUGGUCAAUACAUUACUUUUGAGAGCUUUGCUUAUGAAUGUCUUAUUACAUGUUAUCAAACCCUGUACAAUCAAUAAACAGCACCCUCUGGUGGAUACAUUGUGA